UCAAAUUUAAUUCAGAAUUCAGUAAAAUGGAAUUGAAUCAAAUUAAGCAAAUGAACUCUCCGCUAAGUAGUGACAAAAGUUCAAAUUCAAAUAAUUAGUGGCAUUUAAGUAAAUAAACCCUGAUUUGUGCCUAUAUAUGUAUAGAUAUAUAUAAAACCAAGCCUGUAGGUUUAGGCAUUCCGGUGUGAAGACCUCCCACACUAAACCCAAAACCCGAACCCUCAUUUCCUUUCAUCCCCGAUUUCCCUCUUCCGCUCGCGCUCUAGGGUUUUUAAAUUUGCUUUAUCUGCAAUUCUCUCAUCGAGCGGCCGAGCGACCAUGUCUCUGAGGCCGAGCGCGAGGGCUGAGGUUCGCCGGAUCCGGUACAAGGUAGCUGUCGAUGCCGAGGAGGGUCGGAGAAGGAGAGAAGAUAACAUGGUUGAGAUCCGGAAGAAUCGCCGGGAAGAGAGUUUGCAGAAGAAGAGAAGGGAAGGAAUGCUAGCUCAGCAGUUCCCUGCUUCUACCCAGCCUUCCUCUCUUGAGAAAAAGUUAGAGUAUCUGCCCAGCAUGGUUGCAGGUGUUUGGAGUGAUGAAGGCAAUCUGCAGCUUGAGGCAACUACGCAGUUCCGGAAAUUGCUUUCAAUAGAACGUAGUCCUCCAAUUGAGGAAGUUAUCCAAGCAGGGGUUGUUCCUCGUUUUGUUGAGUUUCUUGUUAGAGAGGACUUCCCGCAGCUUCAGUUUGAGGCAGCUUGGGCUCUAACCAACAUUGCUUCCGGGACAUCUGAUAACACAAAGGUGGUAAUUGAUCAUGGAGCUGUCCCAAUCUUUGUGAAACUUCUUGGGUCUCCAAGUGAUGAUGUUCGAGAGCAGGCUGUGUGGGCUUUGGGAAAUGUUGCUGGUGAUUCUCCCAGGUGCCGUGAUCUUGUCCUUAGCCAUGGGGCUUUGCAUCCUUUGCUAGCACAAUUGAAUGAGCAUGCGAAGCUUUCUAUGCUCAGAAAUGCUACAUGGACUCUUUCAAACUUCUGUAGGGGCAAACCGCAACCUUCUUUUGAUCAGGUUAAACCUGCACUUCCAGCACUUGAGCGUCUAAUACAUUCAAACGAUGAGGAAGUGUUGACAGAUGCAUGUUGGGCACUGUCUUAUCUUUCAGAUGGUACAAAUGAUAAAAUUCAAGCUGUUAUUGAAGCCGGUGUCUGUGCACGCCUGGUUGAGCUCUUACUUCAUCCAUCUCCUUCAGUUCUCAUUCCUGCCCUCCGCACAGUUGGCAAUAUCGUCACUGGAGAUGAUAUGCAGACUCAGUGUAUUAUCAAUCAUCAAGCACUUCCCUGCCUUCUCAAUUUGUUGACCAAUAACUAUAAGAAAAGCAUCAAGAAGGAAGCAUGCUGGACUAUCUCAAAUAUAACUGCUGGGAACAAGGAGCAGAUUCAAGCUGUUGUCGAGGCUAAUAUAAUAGGGCCUCUUGUUCAUCUUCUUCAAAAUGCUGAGUUUGAUAUCAAAAAGGAGGCUGCAUGGGCAAUUUCAAAUGCUACAUCUGGUGGUGCUCCUGAGCAAAUCAAGUACCUUGUGAGCCAAGCAUGUAUCAAGCCAUUGUGUGAUCUCCUUGUCUGUCCCGAUCCUAGGAUUGUCACUGUUUGUUUAGAAGGGCUUGAAAACAUCUUGAAAGUUGGGGAAGCUGAGAAGAACUUGGGGAAUACAGGGGGGGUGAACCUAUAUGCGCAAAUGAUUGAUGAUGCUGAGGGUCUGGAGAAAAUUGAGAACCUACAGAGCCAUGACAACAAUGAAAUCUACGAGAAGGCAGUGAAGCUUCUUGAGACAUAUUGGUUGGAAGACGAUGAUGAGUCGAUGCCUCCAGGUGAUAGUUCCCAACCUGCAUUCCAGUUUGGAGGGAAUGAGGUUUCUGUUCCAUCAGGUGGAUUCAACUUCAGCUGAAGAAGUGCAGAACUAAAAGAUUCUUUGGAGGUGGUUAUUCAGAUCAUCAUCUAUGGCAGGAUUAUAGUUGGGUUUGUUUCAGGUGUCUCGUCAUCAAGUUUGAGUCCUCUGCUUGGUCUGGUCUAUUGUGGUCAAAAUGGAAGCUAGAGUGACUCCAAUGGUCCCGUUAUCGUUAUGGUUGGAAUGGAAGGUUGAAGAGCGAUGUGCGGACUACCUGCAGGAUGGAUGUGUCGAUGUGAUUAAUUCCCAUUAUGCGAAGAAAAUAUGAUGGAAGCAAAGUUCUCUUUCUUUUCUGAAAGUGAUUUUCCUCGCAACAGGAUUCUACUAUACAUAAGUAUGGUCUUCAUUUUGUUUCAGUAUAUCGUCCUUGUAGUCGUCGUGGUUGCUGAAUUUUUCCCGGAGUAUUUUUGUCCCUGCUUGUCUAUGGGUGAUUUUGGUGCGGUCCUUGAACACUUAUCUGGUUAGCUCGUAGCUAAGAGGAAUAUGGGAAUUUUUUUUCCCCUGUAAGAGUUGUUUGUGUCGGACACGACCCGCCUUAAAUAUGACUGAGAAUUAUAAUAUUAUUAUUUAAAAAUUUUCAAAAAAUUGAGAGAAACGGGGAGACACAGGUGGCUCAGCUUUCCAUGGACAUGCAUGUAGAUGGCAAAAAGCAUGGUGGGUAGUGGAAAAGCCAGAGAGAGAGAGAGAGAGAGAGAGAGAGAGAGAAGGAUUUGGUCUCUGUUGCAGGAGGGUGGCUUCUGCCAUUCGUGUCUCGUUUUGACCACUCCAUUUUGGAUUUUUCUUGGUUAAAUAAAAUAGGAGAAGUUUGGGGCGUGAUGGGUUUUUGGUGAGACAGCCCCUGCUCUGUUCCUCCUCUGCUGCUGCUCUGUUUUUUCGUCUGCGCUUGCUGAAAAAGAGAAUAGGGGUGGGGAAGGCAUUCUGUCUGUCCCCUGCUUUCUUUUUUCAUUGUCCCUUGUGCCUCUCCUUCCCCGCCCAAUCUUCAUUUACACCUUCCCUUCUUUAUUAUUAUUAUUAUUAAGACAUAUAUAUAUUUAAUGGCUCGAAACUUUCUUCUGA